AUGCCUCGGGGUCAGAAGAGUAAGCUCCGUGCACGUGAGAAACGCAAACAGUCCCAUAGGCAGAACCGGGAUCUCAGGGGUCUUCAGGCCACCGCCGAGGAGAAGGACGAGUCCCCCUCCUCUUCCUCCUCUCCGUCUGAUUGUGAGGAUGCGUCCCCAAGCUGCCCUGAUGCCUACAUUCCUCAGAAGUCUCAGGAAGUUCCCCCCACUAGCUCUCCUGAUGCAGUCGUUUCAUGCACAAGCUCUGAUGUGGAGUCCAGGUGUGAAGAUGAGCAAAGUGCAAGCACCUUCCAGGAAGCAUGGUCCACUGAGUCACUAUACAGAGAUCCUCUGAUCAGGAAGGCGUGUAACUUGGUGCAGUUUCUGCUGGAGAAGUAUACAAACAAACAGCCCAUCAUGAAGGCAGACAUGCUGAAGGUUGUCAACAAAAGGUACAAGGAGCACUUCCCUGAGAUCCUCAGGAGAACCUCUGAGGACAUGGGGGUGAUCUUUGGCCUUGACUUGAAGAGAGUCGACACCGACGGCCUCUCCUACACCCUUGUCAGCAAGCUGGGCCUCUCCACCGAGGAGAGUCUGAGUGGCGAUAGCAGGUUGCCGAAGGCGGGUCUCCUGAUGAUGCUCCUGGGUGUGAUCUUCGCGAAGGGCAACCGUGCCACAGAGGAGGAGAUCUGGGAAGUCCUGAAUGGGCUGGGCUUAUAUGCCGGGAGGUGGCACUCAAUCUAUGGAGAGCCCCGAAAACUCGUCAUGAAAGACCUGGUGCAGGAAGAGUACCUGGAGUACCGGCAGGUGCCCGACAGUGAUCCUCCAUGCUAUGAAUUCCUGUGGGGUCCUAGAGCCCACGCUGAAACCAACAAGAUGAAAGUCCUGGAAGCUCUGACCAAGAUCAAUCACUCUGAGCCCUGGGACUACCCAGACCUCUAUGAAGAAGCUUUGAAUGAAGAGGAAGAGAGAGCAAGAAUGAGAGGUGCAUCUGCGGCUGGCCACGUUGCCAUGGCCAGGGCAUGUUUUGGGGCCACGGCCUACAGCUCCUCCCACACCUAG